AUGGGAAGACUGUGGCUUCCUGCUGAUGAGCGUCGUGGAGCCUGUCUUCUGUACUCAUGCUCAUGUGAUUGCUCAGACGCGAAGAGGAAAAGGCGGCUCAAACAAGAACAAUUCUCGUGCGCAACAGACCCCAGCGAUUACAAGGAUUGUCUCACUUGUCGUCGUGAAGAGAACGGUGGUUCAUAUGUGUCAACUGAGAGAGUGGGCCUCUCGUCCGCGGAGGCGUACGUUGAAUGGUGUGAUGGCUGUUGGUGUGAGCGAGCUAUGAACAUGGGAAGACUGUGGCUUCCUGCUGAUGAGCGUCGUGGUGCCUGUCUUAUGUACUCGCGAUCAUCACUAACGAGUGACGCGAAGAGGAAAAGACGGCUCAAACAAGAACAAUUCUCGUGCGCAACAGACCCCAGCGUAAUGAAGGAUUGUCUCACUUGUCGUCGUGAAGAGAAGGAUGGUUCCUCCUUGUCACUUGGCAUUGAAUAG